AUGAUUGGGACAGUUGCCGCGUCGAUAUGGCAAUGUAGUCCGAUCAAAGGUGCGUGGGACAAGAGCAUGAAGCCAACAUGCAUCAGUUUGACAAAGAACUGGUACGCCAAUGCCGGCUACUCCAUCGCCACAGACGUCUUGGUCCUGUGUUUGCCAAUGCAGCCUAUCUGGACAAGCAAACUGCCCGUCAACCAAAAGAGGGCGCUUAUGCUGGUUUUCGCGUUGGGAGGCUUCGUCACAAUCACCUCCAUCAUGAGAGCAACUACCCUCAGCUUCUCGACCAAGAGUCCCGAUCCUACCUAUGACAUCACAUCAACGCUAUGGACAAUGAUUGAAGAAAACGUUGCCAUUAUCUGCGCCUGUCUACCUAUGUGCCGCAUUGUCCUCGCCUGGAUCUUCCCCAAGGCCUUCUCGACUCUUUCAACAGCUGCCAGCGGCGGCGAAGGAUCCGGCGGCCCAGCCUACACCAUUGGUUCGGCUCCAAAACAGCUCUCCCCUUCACACAGCGACGACGACUGGCAACCGUAUUCCGGUCCUGCCAAGUGCGAAGGCCAAAAUCACAGCAUUGCCCGCCACCGCCUGGAAGACGGCAGCAGCGAAGAGUUUAUUUUGCAGUCUGUCCCCAAGCCAGCUACGCUCGAAAUGGCCGGGGCUGCCAUUCGAAAAACAACCCACUACGAAAUCUCGUACGAGCGAAACCCCUAUAAUACAGUCUAG